UGAGUUUAAUUUUCCAAUAAUCGAGAACCUGCUUAAUUUGUUAUUGUUUAAGUGUACUUUGAUGUUUUUAUUAGCUCAUUAGUGUAUAAUUUGGAAUAUUCAUAUAAACAUUUUAUCGUGACGUCAUUCUUCCACGUACAAUCCAAGAUGGCGAAUGAGAUGUUUCUGUUGACAGUGCUUAGCUGUAUCCUAUUUCAACAAGUCACGUUUGGAUUCUAUGUACCAGGAGUCGCCCCUGUGGAAUUUAAGCAAGAUGAUCCUGUAGAAGUCAAGGCUGUGAAACUGACAAGCAUAAAGACACAAUUACCUUAUGAAUACUAUGACUUGCCAUUUUGUAAACCAAAGGGUGGAGUGGUCUACAAGGCUGAAAAUCUAGGAGAGGUGCUACGUGGAGAUAGAAUAGUUAACACUCCAUAUGAGGUUAAAAUGGCUACCAACACAGGAUGUACUGUUCUCUGCAAUCAGCCUAAUACUCCUGUUGAGUUGGAUGAGAAACAGUCCAAGGUUUUGAGUGAACGCAUCAGUCAGGGAUACUAUGUCCAUCUGAUUGUUGAUAAUCUGCCAUGUGCCACUAAGUUUGAGAUGUUGGAUACAAAGGAGACACAGUAUGAGCAUGGCUAUAAGAUUGGCUUCCAGAGGGAGGGCAAGACUUACCUGAAUAAUCACUUAAAGAUCAUCUUGAUGUACCAUACAGAGGAUGAAGGGUAUUUCAAUGUUCCCUCUUCUAGCAAAACAUACAGAGUAGUGGGAUUUGAGGUUGAGCCCCGCAGUAUCAGUACAGCGUCUCUGGGGGCCAAGGAAGAUGGCAAAUGUAACAUUGACCCCGCCAAAAAUGAGCCACAGGAAAUUGUGGCAACAGGCAAGAACUCUUUGCUGUUUACAUAUGAGGUGCAAUGGAGGGCCAGUGAUAUAGUAUGGGCUUCAAGAUGGGACACAUACCUUGCCAUGAGUGAUGUGCAGAUACAUUGGUUCAGCAUUGUCAACUCUGUUGUAGUUGUCUUCUUCCUGGCUGGUAUUCUGACAAUGAUCAUUGUACGUACAUUGAGAAGAGACAUUGCCAAGUACAACAGAGAUGAUGACCUUGAUGAAACCAUUGAAGAAUCUGGCUGGAAGCUGGUACAUGGAGAUGUCUUCAGGCCCCCAAAGAACAACAGAAUUUUUGCAGCCCUCACUGGCGCAGGUCUUCAGGUGUUCUGUAUGUGCUUUAUAACUGUAGUGCUUGCCAUGCUUGGUAUGCUGUCCCCUGCAUCCAGAGGAGCUCUAAUCACAGCUGGAUGCUUUCUCUACAUGUUCAUGGGGCUUGUUGCUGGUUAUUAUUCUGCUAGACUUUAUAAAACAAUGAAAGGACACCAGUGGAAGAGUGCUGCUGUCACUACCACUGUGUUGUUCCCGUCUGUUGUAUUUGGUAUUGCACUUUUCCUCAACUUCUUCAUAUGGGGCAAAAGGUCAUCUGGAGCUGUUCCAUUUACAACGAUGAUAGCUCUAUUAGCUAUGUGGUUUGGUAUCUCUCUGCCACUUAUGUUCUUAGGUUACUACUUUGGCUACAGGAAACAGCCUUAUGAACAUCCAGUGCGUACUAACCAAAUUCCAAGGCAGGUACCUGAGCAGCCCUGGUAUAUGAACCCUAUCUUAGCAACUCUGAUGGCUGGUAUCCUUCCAUUCGGAGCUAUGUUUAUAGAGUUGUUCUUCAUCUUCACUGCAAUGUGGGAAAACCAGUUCUACUACAUGUUCGGCUUCCUAUUCCUUGUCUUUAUCAUUCUCAUCAUCUCAUGUUCUCAAAUCUCGAUCGUCAUGGUAUAUUUCCAGCUGUGUGGUGAGGACUAUCACUGGUGGUGGAGGUCAUUCAUUGUAUCUGGUGGAUCUGCAGUAUAUGUCUUUGCUUACUCUAUUUUUUACUUCAUCACAAAGUUGGAGAUUACAGAAUUUAUUCCCACCCUUCUCUACUUUGGUUAUACAAUAAUUAUGGUGUUAACAUUCUGGAUCCUGACAGGAACCAUAGGAUUCUAUGCCUCAUAUUUCUUCAUAAGGAAAAUAUAUGGAGCUAUUAAAAUAGAUUAAUACCAGUGGGGAAGCGAUCAAGCAUUUAGUAUAUUUGACUGUACAUACUAUAUAGUAGUUGGAGGGAACAUUGUAUAUAAGACUUGGGUUUAUAGAAACUGGAGAGAUGUGAUAUUUUCAGGCUGGACAAUGAAAAUUGAGAACAUUUUAAAAAAGGAAACAGUAAAGUACCAAAAGAAGAAUGGUAUAGAAGUAUCAAAGAAACUAUGUUAGUACAUGAAAUUAAUUUGAAAAGUGACAUUGGAUAUUGCACAUGAUCAUUUCACUUUUUGCUGAUAACCAUUUGCAAUGAGCUGCUAGUAUUUGUUAAAAUGUAAUUUACAAAAUGUCAGGAUACUCAGUUUUAGUUUGAGCUUGAUGAAAUAUAUGAACCUUAACAUUCCUUUGUUAAAGUGGCAUUCUGUUUAAGUCUAUUGCUGCCUUGAUGUUGCUUAACCAAUCUUUUUUCCACAUUGUUAAAAACUGUCAGUAGUUUCUGUAUUGUGAAAAUUUUAAAACAAUUGGUCAUUUCAAGUGCUGCCAUCUUUAAAUAUCUUGGCCACUGAAGGAUGUCAUCACUUCAAACUUCAAUCAGCUUACAAUUUGAAUGCCCCUUUAACAUGUAGUAAUAAUAUAAAUAUUUUAUAGCUGACACUCUGUGAUGGCACAAUAGUUAUGGUGAUCAAGUGAGCAUUAUAUUCUCCACUGAUGCUUAUAGGUAUUUCUUGAAACAUUUCUGAAGUUAUAAAUUGUUGUCAAGUGAUGCUAUUUUAAUUUCCAUGAUUGCAACAAUGGAUAUCACAAUUUUGGAAUGAUUCAAGAAGUCCCCCUUUUGUACAUGUGUAUAUUAAUAUGACAAGUUGAAUUAUGAUGACAAGUUGAAUUGUGGUACAAUGUAACAUGAAUGAUAUAUCUUUUGUAUGUUUAUCUUAAUACAAGCACCUAUUUACUCUUACCAGAUAGAGGUCAAUGAAGGUGUAUAUUCUAGACAAGUCUCCAAAUUAAAACAAAAUGCAAUAUUUAUACAAGUUCAGGAGAAAAGUAUUGAUUAAGAUCAGUUAUCAGCCAACAUUAUCAACUGUAAAUGUUUUAUGAAUUAGAUUUGACAUUGAAACGUUAAAAUAGAAGAGUUAUCAAAUACAAAAUGCUUUGUUAACUACACUUGAUUUUGUAUUUUUUUUGGACAUUCAGCUAGGAAGAAACAUUGAGAUUUCUUGAGUAAGGAACAUUCUAACAACAACAUCACAUAAUUAUAAUAUUUUAUAGAACAAAUAAUAUAGAACUCAUCAUUUUAAUUAACCUAACUUGCAAGUUGCAAUAAAAACGUUGAAUCUGCCUUAUACCUUAAUUUUGACUGUAUUUGGCAUUGGUUUUCAAUUGUAUAUGGUAUCUUGUAUGGCUGUUCUAUGAAUUUAUAAUGAAAGGAAUCUAACUAACACAAGAAUGAGUUAACAUGUUGCCACUGUGAAAUAUGAACCUAACUAACACUAGACCAAAUUUUCUUUUGUUUAUGGACAUUUGGCAUGUCCAACUUGUUUCAUUUUGUGAUAAAUGAUAUUUAUUUGUGUAAAUAUGGGUCAUGCACAUUGUAUCGUUCUCAUUUGGGAAUAAAUAAAUUAUGCUCAAAAA